GAGAUGCCGUCAUAUGAUCUGAUGCUGCCCAAACCUUCCAAAGGCCAAAAACGCUACCUUUCAGCCUACGAUGAGUAAAGCUUCUGUCAACUUUGUUGGGUGAAGCUUCUUUUUGCAGUGGGAAGUGAUUACUGCAGAGACUCAUACAUGCUCAAAAUGCUGAAGCUGUGAUUACUGGCACAAGAUUGGACCCCUCACCAUCCUGUCCUGGAGGGAGAAGGGACUCAUGAGACCUCACCCUUUCUUGAGGAGACAUCAACAGUUCAUGGUUGCUGAAAGAGAGAUCUUUUUUUCAGUGGUGUAGCCACUGAUUGUCAGUUAGAGAAAUUGCCCAUGAGACCCCGGGACCGGUCUCGCGUGAUUGAUGCUGCCAAACAUGCUCAUAAGUUUUGUAACACAGAAGAUGAGGAGACUACCUAUCUUCGGAGGCCUGAGGGCAUUGAACGUCAGUACAGAAAGAAGUGUGCAAAGUGUGGACUGCCGCUCUUCUACCAGUCCCAGCCAAAGAAUGCUCCUGUGACCUUCAUCGUGGAUGGAGCCGUGGUGAAAUUUGGCCAAGGCUUUGGGAAAACCAAUAUAUAUACCCAGAAGCAGGAGCCUCCUAAGAAGGUUAUGAUGACCAAACGGACUAAAGACAUGGGCAAGUUCAGCUCUGUUACUGUGUCUACCAUUGAUGAAGAAGAAGAAGAGAUAGAGGCUAGGGAAGUUGCUGACUCCUAUGCACAGAAUGCCAAAGUGAUUGAAAAACAGCUGGAGCGCAAAGGCAUGAGCAAGAGGCGACUGCAAGAGCUGGCUGAAUUGGAAGCCAAGAAAGCAAAAAUGAAGGGGACCCUGAUCGACAACCAGUUCAAAUAAUCUGGAUCUUUUUGUGUUCAGACUGGAGGCUAGCACUUAGAUCAAGACGAAAUAGCUUCUUGAUUUCAUGGUCUAGUUUCUAUGUCCCAGGAAAAGAUUGUCUGACCAUCCCAUUGAUUUUUCCUACAUUUUUCUUCUUUUCUUUCAUUGAAGUCCUUAACUCCAUUUCACUUGCUUUCUGGGUGGCAGAUUGUUUUCAAAAUCUUUGUAUAAACCGGGCG